UUACUUUACUCAAAACAAGUUUGUUCGUUUAUUUCUCAUCGAUCAAAGAAACAAUGAGUAGUCAUCGUUCUUUCCAUAACAACACACAUUAUCAUUCUUCACCCAAUUACUAUAAUGGCAAUCAUCAACAAGGAGGCUAUAAUCCGCGUAACGCUCCAAGGCACCCCAAUUAUCAGUCUUUUAUACGACAUCACUACGUUUAUGAUAAUCCACACCCAGAUGAUUCGUUGAUUGCUGUACAUGAGUACAUUGCUCAACAAUUUAGGAAUCGAUAUCAAACACUUUUCUUUCAACCACCUCUGCCCUACUAUCCAGUCUUACCGUCAGUUGUAGUUCAAGGUCCAUACUAUCCAAGCCCAUAUUAUGAACAGAUUGAUGAUGUCUAUGUUGUUGCUCAUCCGACUGAGACGAUCUGGAUUAGACAACUGAUGGAUUGGCAGAUCAGAAAUUCCAGAUUUAAUUUUCAUGCUCUGUAUAAUCAUGAUCAUGAGGAGAAAGAGGACGACGAUGACGAUGUGUUGAAGUAUUUGAAAAUAAGAACUCAUCAUGCUCCGGCUAAAGAUGGAAUCGAUCCCGAAGUAGUAGUAGUAGCGGAUGUAGAAUCAGAUAUCUGUGCUAUAUGCCAAUCUGAAUAUGAACACGAAGAGAGUAUAGGAGCGUUGCAGUGUGGACACGAGUAUCAUACGGAUUGCAUCAAACAGUGGCUGUUGAAGAAGAAAGAUUGUCCGAUGUGCAGAGCUUCAGUUUUGCCUUCACAAGAACAGAGAUUAUAGAGAGACAUUUACUCAAUGGCGCGCUUGAUGUGAAGAUUAUUGUUUUUAUUAUUUUAGUCAAUUUGAGAAUUGGUGUUUUUUUUCAUCUUUGGUAAGGGAGAAACAGGUCCUUGGUCUAGUAUAGUACAUAGAAAUUAGUAAGAUAUUGUUCUGAAUAAGAUAAGCAACAAAUUACAUAAAUGAAUAUCAUCGAGAUUUGGCUUA